AUGAAGCGCGUAGUGGGGAGCCCGGGGACAUGGAGCGGCAUGGCGCUGCGGCUGUCGCAGUGCGUCUUUGCCGCCGCGUCCGUCCUCUCCUUGGUCUCCGGCUUCGGCUACUCCAACUACAGCGCCUUCUUCUACAUGAAUCUAGCGUUGAUUCUGCAGAUUAUGUGGAGUUUGGGCCUUGCUUGUAAGGAUAUCUUUGCUCUAAGGAAUAAAAAGGAUCUUCACACCCCGGAUAAUCUAUUGAUCAUUGUUAUGAUUGACUGGGUCGUGGCGAUUUUCAUGUUCUCAGCAGCCUGUGCCUCCGCGAGCCUGACAAUUUUCUUCAUGUGGGACGCGCACUUAUGCGGGGAAUACUCACGACUGGCCUGCCGGCAGUUCGGGCUUUCGGUUGUCCUGGCGUUCAUCACGUGGUUGCUGCAAGCUGCAUCCUCUUUCUCCGGAUUCUGGCUACUGGUUUCGUUCUUCUAGUGAU